CAUGGUGUAUAUGGCCACCAUGAGUUCUAGCCCAUUAUCAUGACGAUCCUCAGGUUGCUAGGUAUCCUGAAGUCUGAGUCUGGGCACGCAUGUCACCUGUAACUAGGUGACGGUUUGCCAGUGUCUGAGAUGAAACUCAGAGUGAUUGGAGAUGGCAGAGCAGACACCAGGAAGCCAUGUGUGGAUCCUUCUAAAAUAGAGCGGAUGAGUGUUUGAUGAGGGGGCGAAGGAUGUUACCAGCGGAGGGUGUGUGCAGACUGUGCUAUGAGUUUGUGCGGUGGUGCUGAAAGGACAGCUCCUCUCCUCCAGCUGUCUUCUCCUCCAAGGAGACCUCCUCCUCCUCAUCAUCAGCACCUUCAUGCCAACGCCACCCUUCCCUGCCACUGUCUGUCUACCGAGGAUGGCACACUGAUCACAGGGUCACCCCCAGCACGCUUUGUUUGUCUUCUCAGUGUUUAAUGGCUACCGCCUGUUGUGAGUCUGACAUAGUUCCGUGCGAGGAAGAGGAGGCUCUAUAGAGAGGAGUAGGACUGGAUACAGAUCGUUAUUCAUCAAAGACAAGGACUUUCCACCUUGGACAUCGCUCAUCGUCUAUGGUGUGCCCAUGGAGGUGAGGAGCGCCGGGCACACCAUCCACACACUUUUCUCUCUCUCUCUUUGAGGAGCCCGGCUGCUUUCACCUGCCACCCAUGCGAGUCAUGUCGGAUCCAGAGAGAUGGGGAAGAUCGAUGAGAACGAGAGGGUCAUCCUGAACGUGGGGGGCACCAGACACGAGACGUACCGGAGUACGCUGAAGACCGUGCCCGGGACCCGCCUGGCACUCCUGGCAUGCGAAUCGAACAGCGACCCCGGUCUGGAGCAGCAGCCAGUCCCGGGACCCUUCCAGAGCACCAGCCGGGGCAAUGAGUUCUUCUUUGACCGGCACCCCGGGGUCUUCGCCUAUGUCCUCAAUUAUUACCGCACGGGGAAGCUGCACUGCCCGGCCGAUGUGUGCGGACCCCUGUUCGAGGAGGAGCUGGCCUUCUGGGGGAUCGAUGAGACCGAUGUGGAACCCUGUUGCUGGAUGACCUACCGCCAGCACCGAGAUGCCGAGGAAGCCUUGGACAUCUUUGAGACCCCGGACCUGAUCACCGGAGAGCCGCCGCCUAUAGAUGAGGAUGACGAGGACAUGGGCAAGAGGCUGGGCAUAGAGGACGUGGUGGGUUCUGAUGGUAAGGUCAGCCGGUGGAGAAGGCUAAGACCUCGGAUGUGGGCUUUAUUUGAGGAUCCCUACUCUUCCAGAGCCGCCAGGUUCAUCGCCUUUGCUUCCUUAUUCUUCAUCUUGGUAUCUAUAACUACAUUUUGCCUGGAGACCCAUGAAGCUUUUAAUUCCAUCGUCAAUAAAACUGAGACAGUAAAUAAUGGCACAGAAACUGUUUCAAUAAUUGAGAUUGAAACUGACCCUGCCUUGACAUAUGUUGAAGGAGUUUGUGUGGUAUGGUUUACAUUUGAAUUUUUAGUACGUGUCACUUUUUGCCCUAACAAACUUGAAUUUGUCAGAAAUCUAUUAAACAUAAUAGAUUUUGUGGCUAUUUUGCCAUUUUACCUGGAGGUGGGACUCAGUGGACUUUCUUCCAAAGCUGCUAAGGAUGUGCUAGGGUUUCUCAGGGUUGUGAGAUUUGUCCGCAUCCUUCGAAUUUUUAAACUGACCAGACAUUUUGUAGGACUGAGAGUGCUUGGGCACACUCUUCGAGCUAGCACUAAUGAAUUUUUGCUUCUCAUAAUAUUUUUGGCUCUAGGAGUCUUAAUAUUUGCCACAAUGAUCUAUUAUGCUGAGAGAAUAGGUGCCAGUCCAAAUGAUCCAUCAGCAAGCAAACAUACGCAGUUUAAAAAUAUUCCUAUUGGGUUCUGGUGGGCUGUGGUUACUAUGACAACAUUGGGAUAUGGCGACAUGUAUCCUCAAACUUGGUCAGGGAUGUUGGUAGGUGCACUAUGUGCUUUGGCUGGAGUACUUACAAUUGCGAUGCCUGUUCCAGUCAUUGUAAACAACUUUGGAAUGUACUACUCCCUUGCUAUGGCAAAGCAAAAGCUUCCAAGAAAAAGAAAGAAAUAUAUCCCACAUGGACCUCAGGCUAGUUCCCCCACUUUCUGCAAGAUGGAUCUUAACAUUGGAUGUAACAGCACACAGGUGGAUGCAUGCCUUGGCAAAGAUAACCGAAUGAUGGAACACAACAUGUCAGGUGAGGACAGUUCAGGAAGUGACCAACCUUUGUCACCUGGAGAAAGACACCCAAUGAGACGCUCUAGCACUAGGGAUAAAAACCGAAGAGCAGGAACUUGUUUCCUUCUGACGGCAGGUGACUAUGCUUGCAAUACAGAUGGCGGAAUACGGAAAGGAUAUGAGAAAUCCCGAAGUUUAAACAACAUAGCUGGCUUGACUGGCAAUGCCCUGAGACUGUCUCCAGUAACAUCACCUUACAGUUCACCUUGUCCUCUAAGACGCUCUCGAUCUCCCAUUCCAUCUAUCUUGUAAAGCAGACUACAUCAAUCUGACAAAUAGAAUUCUCUCAAGCACUAUUUACCACAUAAUGGAAAUAAUUAAAUGUAGCAUUAACUCUAGGAUCUUCCCAGACAGCAUUAUGUCAUCUGGAAAUGCUAGGAAAUACCAUUUUGUCAGCAGAUCAUUUGCUAUGAUGCAUUUAAAGUUAUUUAUCCUAUGGAGAUUGUGCAUAUCUACUGACCGACCAAUUUCUCUCUGGCAAUAAAAACAAUAGAGUUUGGAUCGAUCGGCCAGUAUUUAAUGAUUACAUAUAUUUUCAGGGAAAUACAGCUAUACCAAUGUGCUUCCAAAUGAUAGCCAACACUUCAUUGAACGUUCAUUUCUUGUGAGUUUCUGAUCCAUUCUGAAGAUGUCUGGGAUCCUGUCUUUAGAGCUCGCAGUGUAACAGAUCAGACCAUUUGCAUGGACCAUUCCGUCUACACAUCAUAUCAGCGCAAUGUUGCAGAGUACUGGGGCUACCAAAUGGCUCUGAACAUAAGCUUGGCAUCGCAUCAUUCGCUAGUUGUCCUGCCAGUAGGAAUUUGCUUUUACUUUCUUACUUUAGUUGAUAUAUUUUUUUAGAUGACUUUGACUUGUUUUUUACUGUGCUAAAAUCUUGUAAUAGAGUGCCGAAAUGUCUCUGGUUGUUUGCACACAGAUAACUGCAAAGAGGUUGUCAUUACUGGUUACACGCAAGCAGAGGCCAGAUCUCUUUCUUAAUGGCUUGGGAAGGCACAAUACAUGUGAAAAAGGUAAAUGCCAUCCAGGCUUGCAAUUUUAAGCUAGCAGGUCUUUUUUUUACACCAGGGUUCUUCAACAUUUUCACAGGCAAAAUUCAAAAAAUGUAGAAAGAUAACAUUUUGUACUCAAUGUGUCAAUGAACUAAAAAGGGUUUUGAAUAUUUUGAGUUUUAUUUUUGACCAGCCUUAAACAUCUGGAUUAAAAUUUUGCAUAUUUUCAAGUCAACCUAUUUUGUUUUUUUUAGAGUUGUUUGUCAUAUAUGUUCAUGUUGGUUUGUCUAACCAAUUGUUAAUUUGUUUCAUCCACCUCUCUUCAAACACUCAAACUGUGCCUGUACACAACUGGUUCAAGGCUGCAUUCUUUUCUUUUGCGUUUUUGCUGUGUUUUAUGUGCUUUAAGUAUGGUUGAUGUCUUUUAAAACUGAACUAUUUAGAAUUAAAGCCAAUUAUUUUUAAACUGGGAUUCACAAAAAAAUAUAGCAGAAAUAUAGCAGUGGUAAUAAAGUAGCAUUUCUUUUAGAGAUGUUUUGUUUAACUAUACAUAGAAUAUAUUCAUUCUAUUGCUAUCCUAUUGCUAUAGUGCAAAUACCAGCAUCACCAGCCAGUUUAUAGAUGACCAAAUGAUAUAAAGCUUCAACCGUUUUCAUUUCUUAACCAGUAUCUUUAGUUUUACUGGACAGUAAUCAUUACCAAAUCAUGACCUGUUUGUAGACUAUACUAAUGGGCGUUUUAAUUUGAUAAUUUUUACUAAGUAAAAUUAAGUUGUAUAUAAUAUAUCCACAUGUAUUGUCCUGUUGUUAUUCAUACAUAAUGGUUAAAUAGCAUUUGAAUCGCUCAAGAAAUCCAAAUAGCACAAACACUUUCAGCUAAUAUAUCAAAUAAAUGUAUUGAUUUAUUUAAGGGAUGGUACUCAAAUGUGACUCCACAUUCGCCUCAGCACCCUUGAAACUCAAAUUUUUAGCACACUGUUAUGUAAAUAUUUCCUUUAUCUUCUGAAGUUAUAAUUUGGCCCUUGCUCCUGUGCCUUGCUGGUCAGUUAGACCAGCCAUCAUAUUCAUAACACAAUAGUUGGCAUAGGGUGUGUGACCAAGUACCAGCUUCAGAAGAUGAAGUAGAUAUGUGAAUUACUGAGCAUCUCAGAUGAUGAAGAUAACUCAGUGAUUUUACUGACACUUUCUAUUGCCCCCAUAGCCAUUGACCAGUUUAUUUAUUUUGUUGCUGAGCACUAAUUUCCUUUAAGCAUUAACACUAACCUUGCAGGCUGUGUAUGCCAGGGAAACAAAUUCACUUUCUAUGGAUCUGAUUGUUUGGAAGCAAAAUGUAUACAUGUGAUGUUAAAAAUGCAGCAGGCUUCUUCACACCAUCAUGGAGUAUAACCAAUGAGUGUAAGAAAUGAAUCUUUCUCUAAGAUCCCUUUCACACUGGGGCAGUUUUCAGGCACUUUAGCCUCUGCUAAGCAUUUGAAAACCACCUCCCAUUCAUUCAAGUGUGACUUUUCACACUCAGGCUGUGCGCUUGCUGGCCAUUCCUGAAAAAUUCUGAAAAAGGCACCUUUGGGUGGAUUGUAAUCACUGUAUUUAGCGCUCCCAAAACGCCCUGCCAACAAAGGAGUUUUUAGCUCCUUCUUUGGGGUUAAAAGCACCCAGCUAGCUGCUGAAAAGCAGUGCUUAAACAGCGAUAAAGCACCGCUAAAACAAGCAUCGUUUUACCAUGAACCCGGCCACAUCCCCAGUGUGAAAGGGGUCUAAUAGCAACCAUAUAGCCCAAGGGUAGAUACAACUAAUUUAAUGAGGUGCAAAGAAAACAAAAAAAUGGAUGAAUGAAUAACUUCUGGACUAUCCAUGUCAAUUACUUUUUAAAAUAUGAUUUUUGCAGCAUGAUCCUUCGCAUUUAUUUUAUUGCGGUACAGAAGGGUAAUCCAUUAGGGAAUCAUAGCAUCUUACCAUAGAUCAGUUAACCAAUCGCUCAUGGUUUAUGUUGCAGUUGUAACACUGCAUUGGUCUGGUGCUCUGAUUUCAUACUGAAAAAUGCAUAACACUAGAGGGAGAAGUUGUCAUAGGCAGUUAAAAUAAUUUUGUGAUUAAUAUUUUAUUGCCAAGCAUUAUCUGAAUGCAUUCUAUAACUUCUCUAGCCAGUCUUGUGAAACCCAAUGUCAGUGUUUAGAUAAUUCUGUCCAUUGCAACAAGAGAUAUGAUGUUUUAGGCUGGUGAUAUGGAACAGAAAACAAGAAAGGUUUAAAAAUUAAAUAAGUGACCUUGAGACUGUUGAAUUAUCCCUGACUGUUAUUCUCCUAUCAGUUGGCCAGUUAUGAUUUUUAUUGAUAUUGAAAAGUAUAACAUAAAUUAAUAUACCAAAUCCCACAGCAUGAAGUGCAUGCAAGAUUUUAUAUUAAAAGAGAUAUCAAAAUAAUAUCGGGAUUAAUAUGAUAUUUGGUGCUGCUGUUAUUGACUACAGUGUUGUACGGAAUUUAUCAUGGAUUUGUGACUGCUGAAAAGGGGACAGUGGAAUUUAGCCAUAACAAGGACUAUGCUGGAAAGAAACUCC